UCCGCCCGUGCCUCGCUGCGGGGAGCGCUGCCCGCAGCGCGUCCCGGGCCUCGCUGGCUGCCGCGGGGCUGGCAGGUUCCAUGAUUACAUCUAUAGAGAGAUGUAUAUAGAACGGUGCUUAGGCUGACCUCGUAGUGAGAAACGAGCCAGUUCCCGCUUGCCAAGGGAAUGUUUUAUGUGCAGGCACGGGGUGCUCGUGUGCUGGCUGUGACGGACCCCGGCGGGGAGCGAGGGUGCCCGACCUCCGCAGAAGAAGAGACCGGCCCGGUGAUCCCUGGGCUCUGCACCGAGCUGCUCACCUGCACGAACAGACCAUGCCCAGGCCGUGCCGAGGCUCCCGUGGCAGCAUGCUAGAUCGCAAGGAGGAAUGCUUUACAGAGAAAUCAGUGCUUGCCCAGGCAACAUUUGUUUUUGAAAAGAAGGAUCGCUCUUUGAAGCGGCCUGCAGAAGACCCAGUUUGCAAAGCUGAAAAUGAUUUCAUUCGUUGUUCUGGAAAACGUGCAAGAUCAUCAUCUUUGACUUUCCAGAAGCCUGACUCUCAGUCUAACACUGAUACAGCUCUCAUGCAGAAAAGAGGGAGGUCGUCUUCAUUUAACAUCCUUCCUACUUUUCCUCCCUCCCAGACAGUAAAGAAGAAUAACAUAUUCAUGACCUCAGCUCUUCUUCAAAGAAAUCCUGACAUCAUCAAAAGUACAAGAGAAGGAUCCUUGUCACCAAGUCAAUUGUGGAAUGUCAUUAGACCUGCCACUUUACAGCCCCCACAAGCCCUGACCUGUCCUGAAAUUCCUGUAGUAUCUCUAGUGACUAAGAAAGAAGCAUGUGUUCAGCUAACUGAAGACAGCUCUUACUCAUCAGCUGAGAAUUCAGUAAAUUCCAAAACAGCAGUGGGGUCAUCUAUUACCAUGAGUCUUUCCAGCUGUCAAAAAACACAAAGUCAGUUGCUCAAAGAAAGAAGUGUACAAACCAGCAGCAAUUCUGAUUUUGUGUUUGGAGAAAACAUGGUUGAAAGAGUUUUGGUGGGAUCUGCACAUGCUGGCAGACUUUUUAUCAAGAGUCCUGAGAGGCAUCCCAAGCUGUGUAAUGAAGCUGAUUUACAAAAAGAAGAAAUAAUAUCCAUGUCGACAGGAUCUUCUCAUGUCAGGCCACAAACAAAAAGAGCUUUGUUGAAGAAUGCAACACUAAUUGAAUCAGCAGCUGCUUGUAUUUCCAAGCCAAUGGAGAAAAUCCUGUUAGAUAAAGUUGAAGUUAUAACUGGAGAAGAAGCAGAACAUAAUGUAUUGCAGAUUAACUGCAAGCUCUUUGUAUUUAAUAAGCUUUCUUUAACCUGGACUGAAAGAGGCAGAGGAUCCCUGAGGCUUAAUGACACUUCCAGCAAUAAGCACGGAAUGUUGAAGUCGAGGCUAAUUAUGCGAAAUCAAGGUAGCUUGAGACUGAUUCUCAACACGCAGCUCUGGGAACAAAUGGUUAUAGAAAGAGCAAACAGAAAGAGCCUGUGCUUCACUGCAACAGAUCAAAAGGAUCAUUCUGUGCAAGUAUUUUUAGCUCAGGCAAGCUCAAAAGACACUGAACACCUGUAUGCUGCAAUACAUCAUCGCCUUGUGGCCUUGCGAAGCUUUGCAGAGCAAGAGUCAGAUGCUCAUCAAGUAGACACAGAGUCAGAAACAGCUUUUCAGCCAUUAAACUGUGAUAGUGAUGAUGAAGAUGAUGAAGAACUAACUCAAGACAGCAGCACUGAUCAUUCUAGAUGGAACCGCAGGCGGUCUGUUGUCUGCUCAUGAUAUCUGCCAGAGAUUACAACAGCUCAGUUGGAAAUUCAUCUUCCCAAAAUGUCUGAGGUGACUCAUCAGCCCCUGGAGGGAGGAAAUCAGAUGCAUAUUACUUUAUGACUUUUAUGUAGAGAUUAAUUUUAGAGACAGCUUAAGUUUAGUCUGUUGAGAAAGAACUUCAGAUGCACUAUUGUGGAUUCCAGGCAGCCUGGUUUGCACUGAGCGGUGAAUAACACCAUGGCUUCCAAUAGUCAAGAACUGUUACAAAAACUUUCAAUUUUAGAAUUAAAUAUAUUUAGAUACAUUAUUAGAGUAAGGAAUUUUAUAGGGAAUAAGUACUUGUUCAUCAUAUUGAUGGAUAAUACCACAUGAGCAUGAAUUAAUAAUAAUAUAUGUGAACAGAUAUUUGUUGCUUUUAAUCUGUUAUUUAAAAGAUACAUUUGGAAAGCUUUAAAUUGGACUUCAUUGAAAACAUUUAAAAUUGUGUGGUAACAUUCAGCAUCCUGUUUGUAAGUACACACAAGCAAAACUUGGGGUGGCAGUUUAGAAUGACCAAGGCUUAUAGAAACCAGCCUUCAUACAAGGGGUUUUAUUUAAUGUUUAUUUUGAAAAUACCUGGAGUGGUACACUGGCUGCAGAGAUUUUUUACGGGAAAAGAACCAUGAUCUGUAUCUUCCAGGUUUAUGCACCAAGAGAAUUCCCCAUGAGAAAGUAAAAGACUGUUCUAAGGGCCAUAUGAUCUUUAAAACUUACAGUGUAUCCUGCUUGCUCAUGAACACCUUUCUAGAUGAGUAAAACAAGCACCUGCACUUGUGUAUAUUCAUUGUCUGUUUGAUAUACACAAAUAAAUGCAUGCACAAUACAUUGGGAUAUCUACAUUAAAAAAAAAUCCCAUAAAUAUGUGAGAUUAUCUGAGAUUACUUCUCAGCCUUAGCUGUAGCUAUUCCUAACAACAUCAUUCAUAUGAGUAUGUUACACAUUCUCAUGUGCACAAUAAUCCUGACAGUGGCCAAGACACAGUUGCUCUGUAGAAGUUAUUCUACAAACUACUGCCUUCCACCUAAACAUUUUUGUGAGAAAAAAACUCCAAUUCUCUCUAAUACCCGUGAAUCAAGACUUGCAGGGUGAUUCAUAAGCCCAUGCACACACCACUUACGUGUUCCAUGUUUUCAUUCUGUCAGAGAAUUUGUCUGGAAUCUCACCACUGCCACUUCCCUGAUGUCUUACAUAUUAUUUGUCAUCCUCAGAGCUGAAACAAUGUUCUGAAUAUCUCAAGUCCUUUUAAUUAAGAUAAUUGUAAUGGUUUCUCAAUCUAAAAAGCUGCAACACACCUGACCAGUCAAGUUACAAUUUAGUUUUCCCAUCUGAACAUGUGUAUGAAGUUAUGAAGCAUCAAUACUAGUUUAUUUCUGAACUCUCAGUGCACUGCCAAGAUUAGUGUCCAGAUGUAGCUGAAAUAGUUAUCUGGAUUACACUGAAUCCUAAAUGGCCCACCAAAAUUAGCACUUGUCUGACAUUGAUUCUGGAUGACAGUAAAAUUAAAUGGAACUUGAUUCUUGCCUUCAGGAAAGAGGGAGUGCUUCCCAAUAGAGCACCUAUGUCAGACAGUGAAGCAUGGGGAUUUUCUUUUACUUCAGUAUGCCAAUAACAAAAAUAUUGUUUCCAUAACAAGCUGUACAUUGUGUCCUUCGUUAUCCGCCUCGCUCCUGACCACGGCAAUACUUAAAUCACUGACCUCCAUAUUUCAUUGCUGCAACUCAUUCUCAGGGACAAAGCUCCACGUUAUAACAACUCAGGCAGUUGUAAAACACAGCAGCCCUAUGUAUUUAGCAACAGGUCAUGGUGAUAAGUUUGCCCUGGAGUUCAGCUGGCUAUGUGCUGAAUGCAGAGUUUGAUUUCAAAGUCUGUCCUGAUAAUCAGAGCUUUCUGUGAGACAGGAUUUAAGCACCUGAGUGUCAUGAUACCCCUCUAAAUUCUACUACAGCUGUAAAAUCCUUGGCAAAAUGCCCUGUUCCAGGGCAGGGACAACAGAACUUUUUCAGACACGGGACUUAGACUUUGUAAUUUGCUCCCAUAGCAUGCAGAACAAGGUUUAUUUAUAAAGGCUCUUUCAGUCUGCCUCUUCCCAAGAUCCUUACGUGUAUACGCAAGUAUACAUAUAAACACACACUGAUGUGCACACACACUCAAACAGAAAGCUUCAUCUCCUAAAAGCUGAGAAAAAGAGAUGUUUACUUUAAAGACAUUGGAUACUGUGGUAGCAGAGGAAAAAUUUUUUCCUCUUAAGAACCUAAUUAUGUGUUCUCUUUAGUCUCACUGCACUAAAAUUCACUGUUCCUCAAGCCUGAAGGUACACCAUUAUGUGAUGUAUUAACUUGGUUUUAAAAAUAUAGCUUGUCAUUUAUGACACCUGAAGAGCAAUUUCCAUGCCUCAACAAUAAACAAUUUUCUUACAACUUAAA